GUGCGCGACGCCACCGCUGCGGCCGCCGCGCUCCUGGGUACUGGGCGAUGGAGAACGGAGCGGUCUACCGGCCCACCACAGAGGAGGCCCCGGGGCCCGCCAGGGGCGCCCGGAGCGGCCUCUCCGCCUACUUCUCCCCGGGCCGGCUGCCGUGGCAGCAGCGCGCCCUCAAAGGCUUGCAGCUGCUGCUGUCUCUGCUGGCCUUCGUCUGUGAAGAAGUCGUGUCACAGUGCACCAUGUGCGGAGGGCUGUACUUCUUUGAAUUUGUAAGCUGCAGUGCCUUUCUUCUGAGUCUCCUCAUACUGAUAGUGUACUGCACCCCAGUGUAUGACCAUGUCGACGCUGAAAAAGUGAAGUCGUCGGACUUUUACAUCACUCUGGGGACAGGAAUCGUCUUUCUCUUGGCAUCCAUUAUCUUUGCCACCACCCAUGACAGGACAUCGGCCGAACUCGCUGCAGUUGUGUUUGGAUUUUUGGCAAGUAUCAUGUUUCUGGUUGACUUUUCCAUCAUGGCCUAUGCAAAAGGACAGAAGGACCAGCUGAGAAAGCCUGAGGUGACCACCAGGGCAGGAACCCUCACAGAACCACUUAAUGGGUAGACUCUGGGGACCAGAUAUUACGUAAGGUGGUGACUCUGCAUGAUGCCUGAGCCCUGGCUCAAAGAAGCUCUUGAAGAAUUCGUGUGAGAGCCAGGGGAAGGGCAGAAGGCAGUUUGUAUCACUGGUGGACUGUGUCUUAGUCACUACAUUUGGACCAGCGGGCUUUCGGUUUUUAAUUUUUCUUUAUAACAGUUGAAAUUUGCCUCAGGUGGAGAUUUUUUGGGGGAGAGAGGCCAAUUGUUUCUUUAAAUCAUAUAGCUCAACUGAUGAUAAAUUAUUCCAUCUUUUUUUUAAUAAGAUAUUUUACUAGGCUUAGCUUCCAAAUUAUGCUUUAUAGCUAUAUAAGCAACACAAUUAUUAUGUUCAUCCUUUAGUUUCAUUUUAAAAUUAGUUUGCUUAGCUAUGAGUUUGUUUUUUGGUAAAAGAAACCAAAUAAAUAGACAAUGAUUAGAUUAUGUUCCCUUCACUGAAAUUUAAUGUAUAUUUAAGGAUCAGUACUCAAGAUGUUGGUCUGGGUUUUUUCCUUAAAAUAUAAUAACCAGAUUUUACUGUGUCUCACUCAGCCUUAAAAUUAUAUUGUGAUAUUUUAGGAUAACCGUUACUCUUUCUGAGACCUUCUGCAGCCUGAUGUAAAUAAAUUCUUGAUGAGAGUCACUGAUAGUUUCUGGGUAUAAACCAACAACAGCAGCCCCCUGUUGGUACAGCGUUUUGGUUGUUGAGGGUGAUAUUAAGUAAAAAACAAAAAGAUUGUUAUAUAAUGAAACAGAAAAAUUGAACAAACUGUCACCAGGCCUAAGGACCAAAGACAAAAAAGAUGUAUCUUUUGCCCAAUACAGUGAAAGUAAUCAUAAAGAUAAGCUUCAGAUACGUAGGAAGCAUCUGAAGAGAUGAGCUCACCGCACUAUGACGUAGAACGUGGUCCGUUCCCAUGUUGGCAUCUGAUCGUUUUUACUUCAGUGAGUACAGCUCUGCUGGGCCCUCUUCAAUGUCUUCUUUAAAACUCCAUCUAAGAAGUCAGUCACUCUGGCCUGUGAUUUUUCAUUUAUUCAAGAUACCCCCUUUUCUGUCUUAGUGGAAAGGUCCACACACACAGUGCUUCACCGUCUGGCAGAGGUGGGCCUCGCGUUGGUGCUGUCUUAUUGGUUGUCUUUAGGUGGUCCGGAAUCUGGGGCCCUCUUAGCUGCAGACAGCGCGUAGCAGGAUCCUUAGGGUCCUCGUCCCCACGUAGACACUGCUCUAGUUUUCUUUGGAGGAGAUCUUCUCGUAAAGUGACCUUCCAGGAGAAGCCUGUCCAGGUUAAUACCAUUGGCGGUGCAAGGGAAUAGUCAGACUACUCUCAUUUGACACUUUAUAAUGAGUUCUGGUAACUUGGAGGAAUUGCCUCUUCUGUCGUAGAGCCCAAUGAAUAGAGCACUUGGGAUAAGACCUUUCCGACUAGUUAGUUCACAGUCUAGACCUUUCUGCUGCUCUGCCACCUAGAUUUUUGACUCAGGGCUCUAGGACUGAAGUGAUGGGUCCAUGAGUCAGGUCCUUCGGAACUUUGGUGAAGGUCUCCCGGCCUGGGCUCUCUGUCUGAGACAGGAAUCGUGUUUCCAACGGUGAGAUGUAACGAGCCACCUGUGUGUUGUGGGUGGGUUUCAGCUGCUUUAGCUGGUCACCUCUGCUCUGUCUUCCUGACUCAGGACCUUAUCCAUUUGCCCCAGAACUUGGAUGCUAGUGUCAGCGGCAGUGUUACCACUGCUCAUUUGGGAAAUAAUGAAACUGAUCAUGGCUGCUGUUUUUACAGGGCUGGUCGUCUGAAAGAUGAGAAGUAACUUAGAUCUUGGGUCUAAGAGUAAAGACUGUUCAAAGGUAGCCAGUUUAUGGUGGGCAAGUUGUGGAACUUCAUAUCAAACUGUACCAUCGUCAUUUUAAAUGUCAUCUAGAGCCAGCUAGAAUUCACGUCAAGCCAUUUGGGCUCCUUCAGGGCCCCCACCCACGCGCUGGCUUAGUUGAGCUUGAUGGGAUAUCCUCAGCUGGCCUCACACAAAGUACAUGAUGCAUUGAGCUUGUGUCCUGUUUGUUCUCAGGUUUCUCCUUCAUUUGCUUCAUGGGUGCAGCAGUGAGCUGCUUAGCUGACCACUCGAUCUUUCCUUUUCAGUGAGAUGAGAUGUUCGCUGGUGUUUCUGGUCACUCUGGAACUUUCCUUUAUGUUGUUUUUAUGGGAUCCUUGACUAGUUAGCCUCCCCUAUUGUGAAAGGAGCUAGGAAUGAAAUGUUUAUUAUGGCAAAUAAAAAAGCCAUGCAAAACCUGGGGCCAAAAACCACUGUUACGUAUAGACCAGGGCCAACUCAAUAAACUUAAGAUAAUUUUUUAUUAGUAACUGGUAAAUUUGGUUUGUUAUUUCCUACAAAUAAACUGCUUAGAAUGGUUCUUAAGAAUUAUAAGGGAAAUGCACUUACAAUACAGAAGUUUUCUAGUUGCUGUACUUAAAUUAUGCUCUGUUUGGGGACCGGGAAAUGUGUUUUUACAUUGUUUAUAGCUAAUCAUUUUCGUAUUUAUCAUUUUAAAUCCUGUGGGUCUUUUUUUGUUUUGUUUUUUUUUAUCUAAAGGUCAAAUUUUGUAGUCUUUUAAAUAAAACCAUUUUAUUAAAGUGUUCGUACCCUCGUAGUUAUUUAUUAGACGCAUGAUAGUAACAGAUGAAAGCUUCUCCAGAGUUGUAGGAGUUGGUUCUAUAACGUCACUUGAGAACCUUUAUAGAAUCCUGGGAAACCCUGGUGGCGUAGUGGUUAAGAGCCACGGCUCCUAGGGGGCCUGGAGACCGUGGUUUCAGGGGACAUCUAGGUCAAUUGGCAUAACAAAGCUUAUUAAGGGAAUGUUCUGCAUCUCACUUUGGAGAGCGGCAUCUGGGGUCUUAAAGACUAGCAAGCAGCCAUCUAAGAUGUAUCAAUUGGUCCCAGCCGACCUAGAGCAAAGGAGAAUGAAGAACACCAAAGACACAAGGAAAAUACGAGCCCAGGAGACAGAAAGGGCCACAUAAACCAGAGGCUCCAUCAGCCUGAGAUGAGAAGAGCUAGAUGGUGCCGGGCUACCACCAAUGACCACCCUGACAGGGAACACAACAGAGAGUCCCUGACAGAGCAGGAGAAAAGUGGGGUGCAGAACAAAUUCUAGUAAAAAGACCAGACGCGAUGGUCUGACUGAGACUGGAGGGACCCCCAGAAGGCAUGGCCCCGGACUCUGUUGGCCCAGAACUAAAACCAUUCCCAAAGCCAACUCUUCAGAGAAAGAUCAGACUGGACUACAGACAUAAAGGAAACCCUGGUGGUGUAGUGGUUAAGAGCUACGGCUGCUAACAAAAGGUCGGCAGUUCGAAUCCACCAGGGGCUCCUUGGAAACCCUACGGGGCAGUUCUACCCUGUCCUAUAGGGUCGCUAUGAGUUGGAAUCAACUCGAUGGCAGUGGGUUUGGUUUGGGUUUUUUUUAAUAGAACAUAAAAUGAUAUUGGUUAAGAUUGUGCUUCUCAGCUCGAGUAGAUACAUGAGACUAAAUGGGCAGCUCCUGUCCAGAGGCGAGAUGAAAAGGCAGAGGGGACAGGAGCUGGUUGAAUGGACACAGAAAAUACAGGGUGGAGAGGAGUGUGCUGUUACAUUGUAGGGAGAGCAGCUAGGGUCACAUAACAACGUGUGUUUAAGUUUUUGUAUGAGAAAAUGAAUUGUAAACUUUGAUUUAAAGAACAAUAAAAAAAAUACUAAAAAAGCUACGGCUGCUACCCAAAAGGUCGGCAGUUCGAAUCCACUAGGGGCUCUUUGGAAACCCUGUGGGGCAGUUCUCUGCCCUUUAGGAAUGCCAUGAGUUGGAAUCAACUCGACAGCAGUGGUUUUGUUUUGUUUUGUUAAAAAUAUAUAUAGAAUACUGGAUUGUUGAUCUACUCGGGCUCAAGGAGAAGGUAGAAAAGAAACAGGUGUAGUUCCUACCCAUGGGCUCUCCCUCCUGUUGGAAGGUUGGGGUACCUACUCAAGACAUUUUUAGGAAGCUGCGUAUGAAGAGUUACAGAGGAAUGUUACGAGCUAAACUCUUUUAAGUAUUUCCAGAGCAACAAAUUUGUACGGUCCGUCACGUUUCUAGAUGUGGCUUGUAAUGCUGAAAACAAAACAGGCACCUUUUCUUUUGGAGAGUCCAGUGAUCGGCAGGCCAGGCCAGGGUGGCUCUGGUAAAGUUACAGCUAUUUGUGUGGUUUGCAGAAUUCCUGCCUCCAGCCUGUGUGCGAAUAACAAUGUCUUUAUAGUCUUCUAGGACUUCCUGGAAUUUGUACAUUCAGGAGUAACUGCCAAUAUGCAUUCAGUUGCAAGGAGCAGCAGAAAACCUACGUAAAUGUCCUAAACAGUAAGGCCAAUUUAUUUCACAAGAUAUCCGUGUAGUACAACUCCAUGGGGUGAAUCGAGUGUCUCCGCAGUGCCCUUGGGGCCCUGUGUCCGUGUUUCUGCCUGUCCAUCUUCUGCUGUGGUUUUUAUUCUCAGGGUUGACCCUUGCUGAUGUAACAGCACGCCCAAAGAUCAGAAGAGAAGGAAUUAGAAAUUCGUCGUGUCUCUUUAAGGUCCUUUUUGCAGAAGCUUCUUGGCGAAUAUCACCUACUUAUCGUAGUCAGAAUACAUUAAAUGCACAUUGCUAAAUCAGUUACUGACAUGGAGAAUGGAAUUACUUUAAUUUGGCUUAAAUCAAGAUUCCCCAGCUUAGGUUGUGGAGGGGCCCACCCUUGGAAAUAUACAGCUGUCUGAUAUGUGAAUAAAAUUGGUUCUUUCAACAAGGGAAAAGGGUCUCUGGUUUGGGGAUCAAUAAUGUCUGCUAUAAGCAUGUUAAGGAUUGUACUCCAACUAAACCAACCAGUUGCUGUCUAGUUAAUCCCAAUUCCUGAGGACCCCCUGCGUGUCCCAAUAGAACUGUGUUCCAUAGCAGUGAUGUUUCAGAAGUAGUUCUCCAGGCCUUUCUUCUGAGAAACUUCGGGGUAGAGUCAAACUGCCAGCCUUUCAGUUAGCAGAGCACUUAACUGUUAGUGUGACCCAGGUAGCCCAUACCCCAACUAAACCCACUGCCAUUGAGUCAAUUCCGACUCAUAGCAACCCUAUAGGACAGAGUAAAACUGCCCCGCAGGGUUUCCAAGGCAGUAAAUCUUUAUGGAAGUAGAUGGCCACAUCUUUCUCCCACAGAGCAGCUGGUGAGUUCAAACUGCCGACCUUUCCGUUAGCAGCCAAGUGACUUAACCACUGUGCCACCAGGGCUCCUUAUACCCCAGCUAGUGGAAAUAAAAUUGGCGAUGCUCUUACGAAAAAUUAAAAACCCCAGUUUAAGAAAUUUUUGUAGGACUGACUACCCCAAAACAAAAUAGGAAAGCUGAUACCAGUGUCUUAGUUAUCUAGUUCCGCUAUAACAGAAAUAACCUCAAAUGGAUGGCUUUAACAAACUUAUUCUCUCACAGUUUAAGAGGCUAGAAGUCCAAAUUCAGGGCAUCAACUCUAGGGGAAUAAUUUCUCUGUUGGCUCUGGAUGCAGGUCCUUGUCUCUUUUUAAAAGCUGCUGCUCCUGGGCAGUUUUCAUGUGGCUUGGCAUUUUCUCCAUCUCUGCUUCUCACUUGCUUGUUUAAUCUCUUAUAUCUCAAAAGAGAUUGACUCAAGGUACACUGUACAAUGAUCCUGCCUCAUUAACAUUACAAAGACAACCCAUUCCCAUAUGGGAUUAUAACAUAACAAAGACAUCCCAUACCCAAAUGGGAUUAUAACUACAGGCACAGAGGUUAAGAAUUUACAGCACACAUUUUUUGGGGACAUAAUUCAAUCCCUAACAAUGAGUUGUUUUUCAAGACUAAAUUUUAAUUCUGCAAGUAAUGUGUAUCAUAGAAAUCUGGUUCAAUAAGAGGUGGGACGUAUUCUUUACCCAGGUAACCUUUACAUUUGCUACUUUUAAUUUUUGAAAUAUUUCAAACACUGAAAGUACAGAGCAUAAAGACACUUCCUGUAGACACCGAGCUUUGAUAGAUCAUAACAUUUUGCCAUAUUUGCCUUUGCUUCAAAAAGAAAGAAAAAGUGAUACUUCAAAAGUACUACAACCUCUAAUCUUAUUCUCCUUUUCCCAAAGGUGAACACUCUCAUAAAUUUGGUAUCUUUCCUCUCUAUGCUUUUAUUGUCUACAAUAUACAGACGUGUCCAUGAACGACGUAUACUAUAGUAUUGUGCUCUGUGUAUCCUUUCAUAGCUUGUUUUUUUCAAUUACAUCUUUCUGUCUGGUACACAUAACUCCAGUGCAUUCCUUUUAAGUGCUAUUUAGUAUUUAUAUGAAUAUGCCACAAUUUCGAAACCCUGGUGGUGUAGUGGUUAAGAGCUACGACUGCUAACCAAAAGGUCAGCAGUUCGAAUCCACCAGGCGCUCCUUGGAAACCCUAUGGGGCAGUUCUACUCUGUCCUGUAGGGUUCCUAUGAGUUGGAAUUGACUUGAUGACAGUGGGUUUGGUUUUGAUUUUGGCCACAAUUUACUUAUCAUUCCCCAGUUGAUAGAAAAAAUGUAAUGUGGUUUUCAGGUUUUGACCAUUUCCAACAAUAUUAUAGUGAACAAACAUGCUUGAGCAUUUCUUCUUAUGUGCGUGUAUGAGAGUUUAUAUAUUGGAUGUGUCAUUAGAAGUAAAAUUGUUGGGUCGGACGGGUACGUGCAAUUUCAGCAUGGCUGAAUAUUUCCAAAUGGCUCUCCAAAGUGGUAGAACCAGUUUAUAUUCCCAUUAGCAGUGCAUCAGAGUGCUUGUCCUACACUUAAUAUUAGGUCCAUUUAACAUUUUUGCCUCUCUGGAACUAAAAUGGUAUCUCAUUUUAUUUUAUAUUCCCCAGAUUACCAGUAAGCCUGAUCACCUGCUCAUCUCUUUCUUGACCUUUCAGGUUUCCACACUUCUGUGAUUGCGUUGUUCAUAUCCAUUGGCUUCUUUUCAUACUGAGUUUUUUCCUCCUCAUUGGAGAGCUCUUGACAUAUUGGGAUACUACCCUUUGAGGCACUUCUUUUUUUUUAGUCAUAUGUCUUGGAAAUAUCUUCUCAUAGUCUGUGAUUUAUAUCUUACCUUUCAUUCUGUGGGAUACCUCAAGGUCAGAGAUCUUCUAUACUUUCAAAAAUGCUUAGAGAUUUGCACUUUAUAUUUAGAACUUGACUCUACCUUGAUUUAUCGUUUGAAUGAGCAACUGAUAAUUUCAAUCUCUGAUGAUCAACGUUGCCUCUGUCCUUCAUGUGCGUGUGUGGGUCUCUUGUUGUCUUUCUUGGGCUAUCUUUCUGUACCUGUGCUAAUACCAAACUCUUGACGAAAUCUUAAUGUCUGUUAAGGCAAGUUCAAAAUUGUUUUGUUCCAUUCGUGGCACUUUUACUUUUUAUUACAAAUUUUUAGGAUGGCUUGGUCAAGUUCCAUGAAAGUCACUGUUCAUUUUUUCUUGGAAUUACAUUGAAUUUUUAGAUUAAUUCAGAGGAAAAAAUGACAUCUUACUGAUUGAACUUCACAUCCACAACCUAGAAUCUCCAGUGAUUUAGGUCUUUAUUUCUCAGUAAAGUUUUAUGAUCUUCUUCAUAAAAGUCUUGCAUCUCUCUUUUUUUUUUUCCUUUCCCAACUUCAUUGCGCAUUAGGUAAAAGUUUACAGUGCAAAUUAGUUUCUUACUAAAAAAUUCAUACACACUUUGUUUUGUGACAUUGAUUGCAAUCCCCAUGUCUUAGGCUGGGUUUUCUAAAGAAGCAAAACCAGUGAAGCAUAUAUAGAAAGAGAAGGAUUUAUAUCAAGGAAAUGAAAUUGUUCAUGUGGUUGUAGAAGCUAGAAAGUCCCAAGUCUGUGGGUCAGGCGUCAGGCUGGAGGCUUCUUCUGACUCACUUAGCUUCAGGGGCUGCUGAACCCAAGAUCAGCAGGUCAGAUGGCAGUCUGCUGACAGGUUGCAGAAGCUGACGAAUCCGAGAUCGGCAGGUAAGCUGGCAGACUGUUGGCUCAAGUCCCAAAAACCAGUGGUCAGAUGAUGACGAGCCAAGUGCAGGAUUCAGACCAGAGCAAAAGCCUGUGAACUUUGCCAGAAAGUCCAUAUAUAUUGGAUGCAGUCCACACCCCCAAGAAAACCAUAAUAGAGUUCAUCAUGGAAGUGAUUACAUAACUGCCAAACUACGUAACUGCCAAGUCACUGAGAAUCAUGGCCCAGCCAAGCUGACACACAAUCUCAACCAUUUAACCUCUGUUCGAUCCUUUCUACUUCUUUACCUCUUUGAUGCUACGUUCUGGGUGGUAGCCUCAAAUGCUAACUUUUUCUUAAGCCACGUUUAUCUUGUCCGUUGAAUUUUAGAUGUCUAAUCCAUUUACUACAUUUUCUUUCAGAUUGUUCUAUUACUGUUUUAGAUUUUUUUGGUGCUCAUUCUCCUGCUUGUUGAAUUGACUGACUCUUGCUCAUGUUGUUUCCGUUUUAUCAUUUGGCAGUAUGAGCUCUAGGCUUUCAAUGGCUUUUUCAGUCUACAUGCCUUUCUCUAGAUGUGGUCACUUAAUAUAACCAUAUAUGUAAAUAAGUGUUGAAAUACCCAUUCCCUUCGCGGGGGUCAGAUGUGUUUAGGAUUGUUUGUUGUUGGAGCCCUCGUUCAAAUCGUCCACAUGUCCAGUGACUUGGGGUGGAGGUUGUAGGAACAUUCCCAGGUUUGGGACAUACUCUCUCCAAUAUCUCAUAUCCAAAGUAGCUACUUUGGUGUGGGGCCACUUUCUUUGUAGUUGGUGGCUUUUAGAAAGUUUGUCUUUAAUUGUGAAAUAGCUCUUUGAGCUGUGACACAGCUCCAGAGAUGGCCAUUUGGAAGGCAGGUCGCUUGGACAUUGUCCUCAUUCUGGGCUCCUCUGUCUUUCAUCAGCUGUCCUUGGGUGUUAGGUAAUGCAGCGAAAACAGUUUUUGCUGUGCAGUUGUUACCAAAACGCUUGCCUAUCCACCAACAGUCCGCACUGUAGUAGGUAUCUCUGGAGAGCUCAGGGCAAUGUAACUGUACCCUCUGCUUGCUAGGUCAGGUGACGGCAAACUGAAUUGUCCCCAGCGCAAUCUAACACGUGAAACAUCAGCAAUUCCCUAAAGCUGCACACCAGGUACCAGGUAUGGCUACAACACAUUCACUCACUUUUAUAAUGUCAGGCACUCCGGAAACAAAAGUGGCCUCGUUCUUGUUUAGGCUUCUCUGGUCCACAGUAAAGCUCCCAGCACUGGUAGCUAGCUUCCUUUGGCCAGACAAGAAUGUUAAACGUAAAGGAAGCUUUGCAUAAUGCCUCUGUCUGCAUGCUACCUUGUGUGGGAACGCCAAACACUUUUUCUUCUCCGGGGGAGGCCUUGUUUCAGUUGUUAUGCUUGGCAAGUUUUAUGGGUAAACACCAUCCUUGGCCAUGCAUUUGUCUGACCCUUGGAUGGGCCACCAACAGGGGUUACAAGGGACACAUCCAGUGAACAAGCCUUUGCAAAAGAGCAGCCAGUCAUAGUCCAAACCAACACCCAAAAUCACAGUCAGUAUCUAAUAAGCUUAGGAAUAUUUGGGGCUUCUUCCUGGGCAGGAAUGAAGUGGGAGACCCAACCCCAUACAUAAUUCUUGCCUCUGCUUAUCCCAUUGCUGUAAUUUGUCCUAGUCUGAGUUGUUCAGCUCAGACUUUAGGCCUCUGCUCCAGAGGAGAAGUGAAAUCCACUCCAGGUUUUUGCAUCAGCCCAUCGGCUGUUCAGAGCACCGCUAGAGCCCUUAGCUAGUCUAGCACUGCCUGUCCCUUUAAUUCUCUCAGUCCCCUGGCUUUUAGUUAUAAAGCAUAUGUGUUUGUGCAGGUUUUUUCUAGGCUGCUUUUUCUCUCUGGCCUCAUUACCCAGGGUUUUCAUUUUGUAGGAAGUCCACUUCUUGUUCAAAUGACCUGCUUGUUUGCGAAUUUUAGUGGCAAAAGAAAGACUCUCUGCUCUGUCCAGCCCUCUGGAGCCUAGAACUGACAUCUCUGAAGCCAGGGUGGAUCCUGGCCUAGCAGAUUCCUUGGGAAGCCCCCUACUCCUGGGUUUGUGGACACUAGGACUUGAAACAGACACCCUGGCAGGUAGAUCCCAAGGACCCAAGGUGGGACAGACUGGGGUCCCUGGGAAGCAAAUCCAGAGGCAGAGAUUAGCAAACAGGAAGCUUAUUAGGGGAUAGAGUCUUUAAACACAAGUAUCAACUAUUCAUGGGAUGUGGGCCGCCCUGGGAGGUAGGAAGGACCUUGGGCGAGACCCUUUAGCCAAAACAAUUUCUAGAGAACCUGGACACCGACCUGUCUGCUGACAACCUUUCCGGCAACCGGGGGACGAAUGUUGAGCCUUGAGGUGGGAUCCAGUGGCACAGUGCUUGUGCAUCGGUGACAGCCCAGCCCUUACACCCUGGGAGCCACUGGUCUCAUCUACUUGCUGAGAGCAGCUGCUGCAGGACCCCGGUGGGCCUCAUUUUCCAGGGGAAACAAAGGAGGGAGGUUCGGGAGAUGACCGCAAGCCCUGCCGCACAGCUGGCCUCCAGGCCACAACCGAUAAUCCUCAUCUGUGGACCGCGUACAGAUCGAUAUCCUAGGCAUCAGUGAGCUGAAACGGACUGCUGUUGGCUGUUUCGAAUCAGACAAUCAUAUGGUCUAGUACACUGGGAAUGACAAAUUGAGGAGGAAUGGCGUCACAUUCAUCGUCAAAAAGAGCAUUUCGUGAUCUGUCCAGAAGUGCAGCGCUGUCAGUGAUAAGGUAAUAUCUGUACACCGACAAGGGAGACCAGUUAACACAACUGCUAUUCACAUUGACACACCAACCACUAAUGCCAAAGGUGAGGAAACUGAAGAUUUUUACCAACUUCUGCAGUUUGAAAUUGAUCAAACGUGCAAUCAAGAUGUAUUGACGAUCACUGGUGAUUGGAAUGUGAAAGUUGGAAACAGAGGAAGAAUUGGUAGUUGGAAAAUAUGGCCUUGGUGAUAGAAAUGAUGUUGGAGAUCACAUGAUAGAAUUGAGCAGGACCAAUGACUUAUUCAUUGCAAAUACCUCUUUUUCACCAGCAUAAAUGGCAACUAUCUAUACACUUGAACCUCACCAGAUGGAAUACAGAGGCAUCAAAUCAACUACAUCUGUGGAGACAAUGGACAAGCUCAAUAUCAUCAGUUAGAACAAGGCCAGGGGCUGACUCCAGAACAGAACGUCAACUCCUCAUACGGAAGUUCAAGUUGAAGCUGAGGAAAAUUACAGCAAGUCCAUGAGAGCCAAAGUACAACAUUGAGGAUAUCUCACUUUUGAAUUUAGAGACCAUCUGAAGAAUAAAUUUGACACAUUGAACACUAAUGACUGAAGAUCAGACAAGUUGUGGAAUGAAAUCAAGUACAUCAUACACGAAGAAAGCAAGAGGUCAUUAAAAAGACGGGAAAGAAAGAAAAGAUCAAAAUAGAUGUUAGAAGAGACUCUGGUUUGCUCUUGAACGUCAAUAGCUAAAGCAAACGGAAGAAAUGAUGAAGCAAAAGAGCUAAGCAGAAUAUUUCAAAGGGUGGCUUGAAAAGACAAAGUGAAUUAUUAUAAUGAAAUGUACAAAGACCUGGAGUUAAAAAACCGAAAGGGAAGAACACGCUCAGCAUUUCUGAAGCUCAAAGAACUGAAGGAAAAAUUCAAGCCUCGAAUUGCAAUAUUGAAAGAUUCUAUGGGGAAAAUAUUGAAUGACGCAAAAAGCAUCAAAAGAAGAUGGAAGGAAUACACAGAGGACCAAAAACAAUUGGUCUAUGUUGAACCAUUUCAGGAGGCAGCAUAUGAUCAAGAACCAAUGGUACUGAAGGAAGAAGUCCAAGCUGUACUGAAGGGAAUGGCAAAAAACACGGCUCCAGGAACUGGCAGAGUACCCACUGAGAUGUUUCAGCAAACAUAUGCAGCACUGGAGGUGCUCACUCGUCUCUGUCAAGAAAUCUGGAAGAGAGCUUCCUGGCCGUCUGACUAGAAGAGAUAUGUAUCAGUGCCCAUUCCAAAGAAAAGUGAUCCAACAGCAUGUGGAAAAUAUUGAACAAUAUCAUUACUAUCACACACAAGUAAAAUUUUGCUGAAGAUCAUUCAAAAACGGUUGCAGCAGUACAUUGACAGGGAACUGCCAGAAGUUCAGGCCAGAUUCAGAAGAGGACAUGGAACCAGGGAUAUCAUUGCUCAUGUCACAUGGAUCUUGGCUGAAAGCAGAGAAUACCAGGAAUAUGUUUACUUGUGUUUUAUUGACUAUGCAAAGGCAUUCAACUGUGUGGGUCAUAACAAAUUAUGAAUAACACUUUGAAGAAUGGGAAUUCCAGGCCACUUAAUUGUUCUCUUGAGGAACCUGUACUUAGACCAAGAGGCAGUGGGUGGGCAGAACAAGGGGAUACUUCAUGGUUUAAAGUCAGGAAAGAUGUGUGUCAGGGUUGUAUCUUUUCAGCAUACUUAUUCAAUCUGUAUGCUGAGCAAAUAAUCCUAGGAGCUGGACUAUAUGAGGAAGAACGGGGCAUCAGAAUUGGAGUAAAGACUCAGUAACAACCUGCAAUAUGCAGAUGACACAACCUUGCUUGCUGAAAGUGGAGAGAAUUUGAAGCAUUUACUGAUGAAGAUCAAAGACUACAGCCUUCACUAUGGAUUCCACUUCAACAUAAAGAAAAUAAAAAUUCUCACAACCAGAUUAACAAUUAACAUCAUGAUCAAUGGAGAAAAGACUGAAGUUGUCAAGGAUUUCAUUUUACUUGGAUCCACAAUCAACACCCACGGAAGCAGCAGUCAAGAAAUCAAAAGACGUAUUAUAUUGGGCGAAUCUGCUGCAAAAGACCUUUUUAAAGUGUUAAAAAUUAAAGAUGUCACUUUGAGGACUAAGGUGCACCUGACCCAAGCCAUGGUAUUUUCUAUCACCUCAUAUGCAUGCAAAAGCUGGGCAGGGAAUAAGGAAGACUGAAGAAGAAUUGACGCCUUUGAAUUAUGGUGUUGGCAAAGAAUAUCGAAGAUACCAUGGACUGCUAGAAGAGUGAACACAUCUGUCUUGGAAGAAGUACAACCAGAACGCUCCCUAGAAGCAAGGAUGGUGAGACUUUGUGUCAUGUACUUUGGACAUGUUAUCAGGAAGGACCAGUCCCUGGAGAAGGACAUCAAGCUUGAUAAAGUAGAAGGUCAGCGAAAAACAGGAAGACUCUCAGCAGGAUGGAUUAACACAGUGGCUACAACAGUGGGCUCAAGCAUAGCAAAGAAUGUGAGGAUGGUGCAGGACUGGGCAGUGUUUUAUUCUGUCGUAUGCGGGGUCACUAUGAGUCAGAGUCACCUAACAGCAACAUGUUUCCCUUGCUCCCUGUUCUAGAUUCUCCUUACCUUCAGCUAGCACCUCUGUUUGGUCCAGGCGGCUCACCUGGUGGGGUGGCCCCGCCCCUCAUCCCUGAAGGCUUGACACCCUGUUCACCUUGUUCACCUGACUUGAUGGCACAUAACAACAACAGUCCUGCCUCAUUAACACUAUAGAGUUAGGAUUUACAACACAUAGGAUAAUCGUAUCACAAAAUGGAGGGCAACCACACAAUACUGGGAAUCGUGGCCAAGUUAACACACAUUUUGGGGAGGAAAAAAUUUGAUCCAAUGAAUACAAUAGUGAAACAGGCACGAGGUAUAUAUUUCCGUUCAAAUGAGAGAAAUUGGAGGGAAAGGAAGGAUAACAGGCAGCAAGCAAGUCUAAAACCCAGCAGAACAAUUUACAUCAGCUCUCAAAGCUUGGCAAUAAUUCUCCCUUCUCUGAGACCAUUUAGGCAAUGGUCCUGCUCUCCGGACUCUGGGUCUUAGCCAUGCUCACCGGUUUCUGGGUGGAGGACUCUCGGCCCUGGGCUUAAGCUCUGCUUUCCGGGCCCACUGGGAUGGCAACUCUGUUCCCUCAGUUCUGGGCAGCCCAAUUCUCCUAGUCCAUCUAAUUGGUGACCCCAUCCCCUUGGCACCAGCAGAUCCCAUUCUUGAGCUCCUUGGGCAUGGCAGCCCCACCCCUUCAGCUUUGGGCAGUGCUGCCAUGCUCUUGGCCAAACUGAAUGGCAGCCCCACACUCCGGAACUGAGUUGGUGAAGAUCUGACUCAAACUAGGAGGCUGUGGCUCCACCUUUUGACACCCCAGAGGCCGUAGCCCCAACCUGAGACCCCAGGGGCCAUGGUAUAUGAUAUGUGUUAGAUUAUUACUAUAGAUUCAUAUUUCAUUGGAUAUAUUUUAAGAGUGACUAGUAGUUUAAGGGACCCCUGGUGGCUCAGUGGUUAAGAGCUUGGCUGCUAACCAAAAUGUUAGCAGUUUGAAUCCACGAGCCACUCCUUGGAAACCCUACGGGGUAGUUCUACUCUGUCCUAUAGGGUCUCUAUGAGUCAAAACUGACUCGACAUUAAUGGUUGGUUGGUUGGUAGAAUGCCAAGAGGCAGACAGCUUGCUCUCCUUUUGUUCUUUCUCUGUCCCCUUCUGUCUAAGCUGAUGGGUUUCCUGCUGUGGUAGUUGGUUAGAUCCAUCAGUCUCAGGCUUGAUCUCUUUGACAAAAGAUUGUGUAGACACAUCCUUGGCGAAAGUGCUAGGUAGGACAGGCAUUCUUAGUUUGUACAACAGAGUUUUCCAAAUCUUUAAGUUCUGUUUUCAUUUUGCACAGUUCAUUUUUAAGUCCAUCUCUUUCCUCUUGCAUUUUACUAUAAGUGGUAAGAAGAAACCACGUGGCCCCUUUAAGAUCUUGCUUAGAAAUCUCUUCAACCAGAUAUCCAAGUUCAUCACUUACAAGUUCUGCCACCCACCAGACAUUUAAACAUAAUUCAGACAAGCUCUUUGCCACUGCAUAAAAAAGCAUCACCCUUCCUCCACUGUCCAGUCACAUAGUCAUCAUUUUCUUUUAAAACCUCAUUGGAAGCACAUUGAACGUCCAUAUUUUUAGUAACAUUCUGUUGCUGGCACCAUACGUGUUCUCUGAGAUGAUAGAGACUUUCUCUGUAGCUCUCCUCAUUUCCUCCUCAGCCCUCCCCGGAAUUGUCUUUGACAUCCAUAAUUCUACCAACAGUCUCUUCAAGGCAUUCUAGGGCUUAAUUACUAUUAGGCGUCUUAAAACUCUUCCAGCCUCCACUCAUUACCCAAUUCUAAAAUCACUUCCACUUUUUAGGUAUUUGUUAGAGCAGCACUCCCACUUCUCAGUACCAAAUUCUGUCUUAGUUACUAGUGCUGCUGUAACAGAAAUACCACAAGUGGGUGGCUUUAACAAACACAAAUUAAUUUUCUCAGAGUUGAGAAGGCUAGAAGUCUGCAUUCAGGGUGCCAGCUCUAGGGGAAGGCUUUCUCUCUGUGCCGGCUCUGGAGGAAGGUCCUUGUCUCUUUGAGCUUCUCCUCCUGGGUGAUCUUCAUGUGGCUUGGCAUCUCUCUUCCCCCAUCUCUAAUUCUUUCUGCUUGGUUGUUUAAUCCCUUAUAUCCCAAAAGAGAUUGACUCAAGACACACCCUACACUAAUCCUACCUAAUUAACAUAACAAAGACAGUGCACUCCUAAAUGAGGACUAGAGGUUAGGAUUUACUACACAUAUUUUGGGGGGACACAGUUCAAUCCAUAGCAGGGUCCAAUGUAGUCCACUUCCAUUAGAUGGCUGUAUGUUCUCCAUGAGGGAUGGGGCCAUACUGGGGGCUUAGCGUUGGUUUCUGUCACUGGCAGGCUGACACCAGUGGCAGUACCUAGAUCAGCCUGUUGGGUACAAUGAAUUACUUAAUAUGCCCUAUGAGUAGGAAUUGACUCGAUGGCAGUGGGUUGGGUUUUUAGCCAUAGUCUGUGGGACUCACACACAGUGACUAAGUGUGACUAUGCAAAUGAAGUGUAUGGAGCCCUAAUGAAGGGCUUGGUCAGUCUUGCCAUCCGCUAGGCUUAAAGGGAGACACUGAGAGAGACAGAGCAAGAGCUGUAACACAGAAGACUGAGAAGGACAGCUGCAACACCAGAGACCGUGAGAAGCAGUGGCAGCAGAACCGGGAGACCGCAGGAGACUGUGCAGUGGGCUGCCCAGCGCACAGAGCAAGGAUGGUGAGCUCCUUUAGGCAGGAAGCUUGGUGGCGGAAUAGGGUGCCUCCGGGAACUUGGUAAGAGCUAGGUUUCCUGACCCUCAGAGCUAGAGCUGAGUGCCUUUUGGCCAAGGCUUACUCACGGAGGAGAGUGAGCCAAAAGAGCUUUGUAACACCUGCCUGAGCAGGGCAGAAGUUGGGCUGAGAGGCCAAGGGGUCUGGGUGCCGAGGGUCAGGGAGAGACCUGCCUUCGGGUGCGACUGAGAAGAGGCUGUCCUGAUGGAAGAACUGUAUGCUGAGUGUUCCUGAACCCGAAUUGUAACCUGUUACUUCCCUAAUAAUCCCCAUAAUCAUGACUAUUGUCUGUGAGUUCUGUGUGGCCAUUGCAAUGAAUUAUCGAACUCAGCAGAGAGCUAGACAGUGCCAUGGAAGGGACAGAUGGUGUCAGAAUUGGUACAAAGGGCUGGCGAGAGAAGUUAUGUGUGACCUUCACUUCAUAGGAAUCAGCCUUGGGCUGUUGAUUUUGAUCCUCUUUCCCCCUUAUGAAGUUAGAGGAGGUCACACAUCUCCGCCAUGCCAUUUUUAGAGCCUGGAUGAGUGGAAGCCCUUGCUGUUGGGUCCAUGCACAGCCUCCAUCCCUGCCAUGGGUAUUCCAUUUAUGUCCCCAUUGUGCCAGCUCUGGGAGGCCAAUGGCCAAGUCAUUCUGACCUGGUUUAGUGCUUCUUCGUUGGCAAAUGCUCCCUAAUGGAUGUUCACAAGCAGUUAUAAGGUCUUCACGCUUCAUGCCUGCGCCUGUAGGGUCAUCUACAUGCCUCUACCCCAGAGAUCUUUUUCCUCAAUCUUCUGGCCCUUCUAUUUCCAGGCCUCUAACCAACCAACCAGCCAAACCAUUCACCACUCCCUAUGAUUCCAUAUUCCCCCCGCCCUUGGGCCACUUCUACCAAAGUGGAUGACCAGAUGCAGUGCCCAGAGCUCUGCCCUUUGGGAGUGUUUCCCUUCCCGUCUGUCCAGGCCACCCCUGAGUGCAGCUAUUAGUGCGGCCACCAUACAUAUUUGGCUUCUAACCAGUUGAACUAUCACGUCGAGAGUGAAGUCAGGGAGGAGAGAGCCAAUAGGAUGAUGCGUUACCGAGCUGACCGUCUCAAAGUGUGAUAGGUUGUUCAGUGCCAUGGAACCAUCCUCUGAGAGGCUGUAAAAUAGGCUCCUCAGGACGGUCCCUCCAGGAGAGAAAGGAGGAAGGCUUUACCCACGGAUUCCCACGGCCCUCUGGUCAAUACUAGCCCACAGGGCAUGGGCUCAGUGCUUGCAGGUUGUGCAUGUGUGGGUGCUGAGGGAUCCCCUAGGAGCGUUCACUGGGAAGCUCCAGGGUGGCAGGAGAGAGGUGUAAACUGAGGCUGGAAGCACAGCUGUCCGCUUACACAGGAAUGAAACUGGCCGCAGCCAUGGCAGAGCAGACACUGCAGUGGUGGCUGGGUCAAGAGACAGAUGAGGCCAAGAGGACCUAAAGUGCUGCAUAAAGAAGCGUCUAUAACGGCAACAUAAUGCCAGGGAGUGAAGUCUUGCCUUAGUUUCCUAAUGCUGCCGUCCCAGAAAUACCGCAAGUGGGUAGUUUUAAAGAACCGAAAGUCUAAAUCAGGCUCGCGGCCCUGUGGAUUCCUUCCUUGUUGGUAGCCUGGGUAGUCCUUGGUUCUUCGGCGAUCCUCGCAUGUCAUCUGUCUUCCCCAGUAUGUGUGCACUUGUCUGUGUGUCUAUGCUGCCUUUUAUAUAACUCAGAAAUGAUGAGGUUUAGGAUCCGCCCUACCAAAAAAACAAAAACAAAAACCAAACCCAUUGCCCUUGAGUCGAUUCUGACUCAUAGUGUCCCUACAGGACAGAGUACAACUGCCCCAUAGGAUUUCCAAGGAGCAGCUGGUGGAUUUGAACUGGUUAGCAGUCAGGCUCUUAACCACUGCGCCACCAAGGUUAACCACAACUGAUUGAUUACAUUUCGAUAGAUUACAUUAUUGAAGGUGGUUAUACUGCAUUCGAUUAGACAUAACUGAUUACAUUACUGUCUUAGUCACCUAGUGCUGCUAUAACAGAAAUACCACAAGUGGAUGGCUUUAACAAAGAGAAAUUUAUUCUUCUCACAGUCAGAAGGCCACAAGUCCAAAUUCAGGGCAUCAGCUCCAGGGGAAGGCUUUCUCUCUCUGUUGGCUCUGGAGGAAGGUGCUUGUCCUCAAUCUCCUCCUUAUCAAGGAGCUUCUCAGGCCAGGGACCCCGAGUCCAAAGCACACGCUGUGCUCCUGGUGCCGCUUUCUUGGUGUGAUGAAGUCCCCACUCUCUGCUUGCUUCCCUUUUAUCUCUUGAGAGAUAAAAGGUGGUGCAGGCCACUCUCUAGGGAAACUCCCUUUACCUUGGAUCAGGGAGGUGACCUGAGUAAGGGUGGUGUUAUAAUCCCACCCUAAUCCUCUCAACAUAAAAUUACAAUCACAAAGUGGAGGACAACCACAGAAUACUGGGAAUCAUGGCCUAACCAAGUUGGUACACGCAUUUUGGGGGGGACAUAAUUCAAUCCAUGACAAUUACAUGAGAUUACAUUCACAGGCAUAGGAAUUAGGAUUCCAAUAUGUCCUAAUAGGAUCCCUAUACAUUCCAGUAUUUUGGGGGGAUAUAUCACAAUUGAAUCCAUACCAAGUCUCAAUUACAUAAAAAGGAUAGCGUGGUAUCCUUUUCAUAUAAUUAUUAACAGCUACCUGGUGGUGCAGUGGUUAAGAGCUAUGGAUGCUAACCAAAAGGUCAGCAGUUCAGACCCACCAGGCGCUCCUUGGAAACUCUAUGGGGCAGUUCUACUCUGUCCUAUAGGGUCGCUAUGAGUCGGAAUCAACUCGACGGCACUGGGUUUGGUUUUUGGUUUUUAGAUGUGAGGAUGUCAGGAGACUUCUUGGGAUGGGAGAGGUGGGGGGUAAUGAGACGGUUCAAGUGUGUAGUUAGUGAAAUGUAGGUUGUUGUCACAAUCUAGUUUCAGUGCUGACUCCAUUAUAAAAGGUUGAUAGAAGGGAAGGGGGCAUGGGCCAACGAGGAGAGAGCGUAGGAAGCUCAUGAACCUGGGUAUCAUCUGUCGGUGAACCUGGACCCCGGUUCAGAGGCACUGCCUUGCGCUCCUCCCCACUGGCCACGAGAGGGCGGCCGCUGCCAGCCCUUCGGAGCUGUUUUGUUUUUGCAAAAAGCAAGCCGUGCCCAGCUGGGAGGUUGGCAGCGGCGGCCAGUGGGCGCGGCUGUUGGCAGGAGAGCCCGGGGGCUCCCCGGGGAGCGCCUCCCAGGCCAUGCGCUGCCCCCCAGGUUUCGGGAGGAAGCAGCUGUGCGCCCCGAGAAGCCUACGCACGCUCCCGGCCUCCGCCCUGACUUCCUCCUGCCCCACGCCACCGACUUCCCCAGCUGCCACGGCCAGAGGUCAGAUCAGUGUUCAGUGUGACCGUCCUGCUGGCUUGGUUAUCAUCCGGACCUGAGCCAGGUGGCACACUUCAUACCAUGACUUUUCCUUUUUUGCACAACUCUAGAUGAAGUUAGGAGCCUUGGUGGCGCCGUGGUCAGGUGAUCCGGCUGUUAACCAAAAACGUUGGCAGUUCGAAUCCACCAGCCGCUCCUUGGAAACCCUAUGGGGCAGUUCUACUCUGUCCUGUAGGGUCGCUAUGAGUCGGAAUGGACUCCACAGCAACGGGUUUGGGUUUUUUUGGGUUUAUAUGGAUUUAGAAGGAGUCCCCAGGAGGCGCAGUCAGUUGACUACUAGCUGGAAAGGUUGGUGGUUCUAACCUACCCAGAGGUGCCUCGGAAGACAGGCCUGGCAAUCUGCUUCUGAAAGGUCACAGCCCUGGAAACCCUAUGGUGACCUUUCAGAAACAGAUUGCCAGGCCUUUCUCCCGAGGCACCUCUGGGUAGGUUAGAACCACCAGCUUUUCAGUUACUAGCCGAGCACUUAACCAUUUACGCCCCCCAGGGAUUAAGAUUACAGCCAAGAAACCCCUAUGGAGCCGCUCUCUGUAACACUCAGGGUCACCCUGAGUUGGAAUCAACUCUGGCCUAUGGAAUUAACUAUCGUCUUUUUUUUUGUUUAAAUAGUUUUCUGUGUACAUAGAAAAUGACAAGAAAACCCUAACGAUCUACUAAAUUUUCUAAAUCUUACAAGGUCUUUCAGAUAACUCUAUCAGUGGCCUUCAAGAAGUCUCUCUGGGAGUUUUCCAACCUCCUCAUUUGGGCCAUUGUCCUCUGCAGCCAUCUGGUGCCCCGUUGCCAGCCCGGGAGUUCCCUUCAUCUCAGUGGGUUCCAACAUUUUUUUUUUUUUUUAAA